AUGAGCGCUUCAACGACAGGAAGCCCAAGUGUGGAGGUGGAAGUGGAGGUGGGGAUGGGCUCCAAGGAGAUGGCAAUGAUCAGCAACAUACUGGCAGCCUAUACCUUCAUCGCAGGUCGGUCCAAUCAGAAAAAAUACACUAUGUUUGGCUGUGUGGAGCCAAGCUGUAGUGGUUUUAACAGCACUGGAGAAUUCUGCUGCUAAAUGUGCUACAAUACCACCAUUGAUAUAGGGUUCAAGGUAUCAAGUGUCUUCUCCAACACAGUUGCUUACACAUCAGCAUAAAUAUUACACUCUCAACAACCAAAUACUAGGUCAGAACAUCAGAGGAGUACUUGAUCACCAUGAGUUAUCAGGUAACAGAAGCAAACACAACAAUGCUGUGAAAACUCUGCGUUAGCCAAUGCUAGCCGGUUACCAACAGUCAGUGUUUUUCAGAUCCAUUUUGGCUGUAUUUAGGUUAUUUUUCCAUGUCAGGAUCUCUUCAGUGUGCUCAGCUAAGCUUUACAGCAUUUCACAUCCUAAAAAGAUUAGUCCUGUAAAGCAAAAGUGAUAGUUACUUUUCACUCUGGUAUUGGAAAGGUGCCCAACACUGUCAUAUCCUCAAGUUUAGGUCAUGGAAUCAUUGUCAGGAAACAAAGUGAAUUUCUUAUUCUUAUUCUUAUUCUUAUGGGCUUAUUUUGGGUCCUGGACCACAGUUUAGGAGCAAAGCCUUGCAAGAAGUCUGAUGAAACCCCAGUGAGUCUGAGUUCUUAAAUCUGAUUGGCCACCUCGGCUGCCACUCCAAGAUCUAGAAGUCAUGGUUAAAUUGGCUAUUUGCCCUCAAGCACAUAUGAAAUCAGUCAGACCCUUGAGUGUAAGUAACUGAAUAUGAAAAAAGGAUUGUACAGAUAAGCAUGGAAAAGGAUUUGAAUUAGUAUUGGCUCCUGUGGUGACAUAACAAUGGGAAUGAUUUACAAAAGCAUGCACACAAAACUGCUCCCCCCUCCCAUUCCUUGAGAAGUUCAGCUUCAGCCUCCACUGGUUUAUCUUUGUUGUUGCAGUGUUAAGAUGUUGAAGGUUUAAGCAAGACAUGCCAACUGCUCUGUUUUUAAAAGCAAAAACCAAAACAAACAUCUAUUCUUUGUCCCAGCAACAGAGCCUAAGAAAACAGGGGUUGCAUUUUAUACAUGACAACAUCUCUGCCACAGUUGAUGCUAAUAGUUUUUUCUCCAGCCAUUUAAUCUCAGACUGCAAGAAAGUAAGAACACUAAAAUUUUAAUAAAUCUCUCAGAGACGUGCUGUUGUAACUGCUGUAACCCUUCAACAACUGCCUCCUCAUGUUAAUGGUCAGAUGCUGGAUCCUAUAUUUAUAUAUAGUGUACUGAUAUCACUUCUUCUGGAGGGCUCGCCAUGUUUGUUUUGGUGUCUAUCUGCCUGUAUGUCAGUUUUGCAACCACAUUUUAAAACCUUGCUUAGUAAACAUCCAGAACAUUUCAUAAUACUGUUAUAUAGGACCUUCAUUGAUUUUCAUAAAACUUUUAAAUAAUUUUCUUUUCCGUUGUCUCUUUAGACCAGCCAGAGAGGACAGCUCUGGUGUUUCUGGGUGGAGUGUGCGUUGGCCUUCUUGUCACGCUCUGCGCCAUCGUCUUUCAGAUACACUGUCGAGCAGAUUGUCACUAUGGCAACAGUAAACAUGCCCAUCGACGCCACAGGCACAAGCAUCAUCACCACCGCCGGCAUCAUAACUGUCCACACCAUCAACCCAUUGACAGUAACCCGGACAAUAUGGCUGUGGUGCCCUCUGGAGGGGCGGGGCCUGUAGGGGACAGUGAAUCAGAGGAAUGGGAUGAGACCUCUGACCUGUCUGCCCGGAGACGCAGACGCUUUGAGAGAGCUCUGCUGAACGCCACCAUGUUCACAUCAGCUGAGGGUAUUUCUCUCUGACACACACACUCAGGCUUAAUACAUGUAAAACUUCUGAAUCAUAGAAAAACUUGGCCUGCUCAACAGAGUAUAAAAUGGGAAUAUGUGAUGUUCAUCAAUGUUAGAAGAUACAAAAAUACAAAGGUUGUGUAUAGUAGAUUUUUCAUUAUUAACUGGGUAACAUUUAAUCUGAAGGUGGCAGACAGCUACAUAAAACACUUUUUUUUAUUCCUUAAAAAUAAACUCAUACUUUUAGGAUGUAUUUAUUAAAAGUCCUUAAUGUGUUAUAAUAAUAUCAUCAUGAUUAUUAUGCAGCUUUAUUUAGGCCUAUAGAGUUAAAGGUACAGUGAAUUGUAAGGGGAAUAUUUAGAGAUGUCUUGUUGUCAGAUUCUAGACUGAUACGCUCUCUUGCUCAACCCUCCCAUUGGUAAAGUGAUGGUGGCCUUCAAGGACAAAAAGCUCCAUGAUAAGAAUGAUCCUCUGUUUGUCAUAUUCAAACUUCUAUUGAUACAAAUUCAACGCAGCUGGUCCUUACCAGGUUGUCUGUUCUGUGCUAGUGUGGCAACUUCCAGGAAAGGGAACGACUUCUUAUGUUGAAAUUCAAUAAAAGCUCAUAUUAAGUUAACAAAAACACAACGUUCUUUUUAUUCAUGUGUUGAUACAGUAAUGUAAGCAAACGAAACCAAGCCAAACACGUUUGGAAAAGAGGAAGACGGGAUACAGAGUAGAGAUAAAAAUUUGUUUGUUAAAAAAAUAGGAAGCUUUUAAAUUGGAUGAAUGUAAUCCUCGGGGAUGUUUUGGUGUUGCCUGAUAACCUGUCAGUACACAUUUAUACACUUUUCUAUCUCUGAGCUCUUCUGUCAUACACACCCACACUGUGACCAUCCUUUAAAUAUAGAAAGUCCUCUCCAUGGUGAUGUCAAGUUUGAUGGUUAUGUGAAUGGAUCCCCUAUGAGCCUGCUUUAACCCUCUAUCUUUGUGUGUGUGUAUGCAGAGCUGGACCGGGCCCAGAGGCUUGAAGAGCGUGAAAGGAUUCUCCGAGAGAUCUGGAUGAAUGGACAACCAGACAUCAGCACAGUCACCCAAAGCCUCAACAGAUAUUACUGA